GCUAUAGGCGAUCCUGCUUGUGUACUCGUGACUUGUAUGAGCAACGUCAAUCUUGGAUUUGUGGUUCGCAAUCAGACUUCAAGAAUAGCCAAGGUUCAGAAACGCUACCCUUCCGCCUUCUUUGUGGAUGCCGUUGCAUUUCGCAGCUAGGACAAGCCGCGCAGCAAGAGAAUCGCAAUCGUCAAGUGAAUCACGAAUGGAGCGGACUGACAAGGCGCACAUCCCGCACACAUCCGGUGGCUGCGUCGUGAGACCGCCGCCUCAUUCUGCUCGCGUUUGUCUGACAGAAUGAGUGAAACAUCGGUGCCGCCUGUUUUGGGGCAGGCGGAUGCGGAAAGGCAAGAGAGGCAGACUAUGCAAGAGCUGAAUGGAGGCACGGUCCGACCUCUGCAAGACCUUUGCGGCGCAUCUUCACAGCCAGAUCCAUCCGCAGUGGGUCAGUCGCGGUCGAAUGCCCAACAGAAUGAUCCUGCUGGUGCUGCUGCUGCUAGUCUGGAUGCUCCGCUUCGUCCGGAAGACGUCUUGCAAGAUUGCGAUAGCGAAGGGUUGGAGAUGCUCGAACAAGCUGGUGAAGAGGAGUCCGAGAACGAAGAAGAUGAUGCUGCGUACAACUCGCUACUGGAUGAAGCCGAGCGACUGUACCCCAACGAACGUCAAGAGAGCAUCGUGGAGGAUUUGAAAGAGAAUGGUAUGGUGCAUUUCGUAAAGACUUACCUCUCGGAGGCUACCACAUUGCACCAGCUGCAUCUCAUGAUCAUCGGCUUUGGUACCAUCCUACCGAGGAGUAUACGUUUGAGCCCCUCCAGAGCGUUCGUCGUUGGCGUGUUGAAAGCGAUGGCCUCUCGCAUCCUUCGAAAUCGCGAACGACUCCAACAUCUCAAUACUGUGGACGAUGUUUUGAGCCUGCUCGCGAAUGCGCGCAGAGUUGUGGUGCUCUCUGGCGCAGGCAUCAGUGUCAGCUGCGGUAUACCUGAUUUCCGCUCCAGAGACGGCAUCUAUGCUAAUUUGCUGCGAGAGGGCAAGUACGAUCUCGCAGACCCCCAAGACAUGUUCGACAAGGAGUUCUUCAUGCAGGAUCCUUCGUGCUUCUUCAGCUUUGCCAACUCCAUCUUCCCUUCAAACUUCGUUCCUUCACCGACGCAUCGAUUCAUCAAGCUCCUAGAAGACCGGAACGUUUUGCUGAGAAAUUACUCUCAGAACAUAGACACGCUGGAGCAGCAGGCAGGCAUCACGAGAGUUCUGAAUUGUCAUGGUUCCUUUGCUCAAGCGACUUGCACCAAUCCGGCCUGCGGACAUUCUGUGGAUGGGCAAAUGAUAAGGCCAGAUAUCUUUGCCCGAAGAGUUCCUUUUUGUCCCAAAUGUCACCCAUCGCAGACACAGGGAUCUCAGGCCAAGAAGAGAAAGAAGAGACAGGGCAAGGACUGGCAAAGCGAUGAUGAGAGCGACGAGGAGGACAAGAGGCUUGAUGCUCGACCAGCUGGAUGGGGCGUCUUGAAGCCGUGCAUCACGUUCUUUGGCGAGAAGCUGAGCGACGACUUUGACCGAUGUCUUUUCCGAGAUCGCGAGUCGGUGGAUCUGAUCCUAGUGAUGGGCACAUCGCUCAAAGUGGCGCCGGUUUCCGAACUGAUAGGUCAUAUGCCCCACCGAGUUCCCGUCGUCCUGAUCAAUAGGACUCCCAUACGACACAUGGCGGUCGACAUUCAACUGUUGGGAGAUGCAGACUUGAUCGUUGCGCACCUGUGCGAGCGGCUGGGAUGGGAUUUGCCCCCUGCUUCUGCUGCGAGCAAAGCACCGCUUGCCCAGAUGGAGCGUGUGGGUGGGCUUGUUCCGCAAAGAAUGGGCACGAGUCACUGCUGGCUUUUCCCUGGCGCUGAGCCGGGCAAUCUUUUGGAGUUGCUCGACGACGACGAGGAGGAGGAGGAGGAGGAGGAGGAGAAGGAGGAGGAGGAAGAAGAGGAGGAAGAGAAGGAGAAGGAAGAGAAAGAGGAGAAGGAGGAGAAGGAGAAGGAGGAGAAGAAGGGGGAGGAAGUGUAGGAUACAUCCCAGCAUCAGCCAGACAGGCACUCGUACGCGAUCGAAAAAAACACGAACGAGACGCGCGCCGGAGCAAAUGCAGCUGCCUACGAGUAAGAACGUCGAUCGAUCGAGCGUUCGGAUGAGGAGGAGGAGGAGGAGGAGGGACAUCUGGGGAACAGAGCAGCAUAGACGCACCCUCUAGAAGGUGUUGCUUGGAGGUGGAAGCCGCAUCUCGCUGUGCAGAAGGUGGAAGAGCGGAGUGUCGUGGAGGAUGAGAGAGCGGGCAAAAGACGACGAGUGGGAGGAAAACCAAAGGCGCGCGGGAUACGUUGUGCUUGGUCGAUGACGUAUGGCAGAAGGAGCCAAUUCAAAAUCUGCCAGAGUCGAACCUCGAUCGACCCUACUGAUCCAAGCGCAUCGCAUGCAUUGCAAGACGAUCCGUAAAAUACGCUCUUCAUCUCGCACCAACAGAAGCGAUGGAUGA